GGUACCGCCCCCUCCCUUGUUGUGCUUUCCUUCCUACCAUUGUAUCUUUUUAGUUUCAUGGUGCUACCUACACAUGUAUUAAUAGUUGUAUAAUCACACUCUGUCCUGCCUGGGGGUUGGGAUGGCAUGUUCCUCCCUUCUCCCUUGUUGUUUACCUGCAACAAUAAACUAUCAAUCAAUCAUUUCACAGGAGCUGCCGAUACAAAGGCCUGGCCGGGAGAAAUCUCAAGCCACCUGUGACAUCAAGAUCAAGACCACGGGCGGGCAGAGAGAACAGACGUGUGUGUGAGCGGCUCCGAGAUUGUUUAGGAACUCCGUCUGCCCUGCUGCAGUGUUGUUGUUUCUCUCCAUCGUUCCACGUCAUCACAUCCAUUCCAUACAUAAUGCUCGGGACAGCCACACUCUUCGAAACCUCACCAUGUACCAGGUCUUGGUCUUGGUCUUGGUGGAUGAAACUGUGGCGCAUGUGAUACUCGGAGAUGGUGAGGGUGGUACUGAGUGAGACGGGCUGGGAUGUGAAUGGGAGGAUUGCAAGAACGGAGAGGGAAUGGAUGCUGCUGCUGCUGCUGGGACUGAGUGCUGAAGCAAGUGGUGCCGAUAUGAAGGCCUGACUCUCCAACGGGUCACCUGAACAGCAAGAGCAAGAGCACACCCACUGAGGCACUGCUGCUGAGUGUAUAUUUGGGUCUUUAGAUGCCAUGGUCCAUGGCCUAACCAGCCCCUGAAACCCUGAAGAAGAAGAAGAGGCUGUGGUCCAUGGCCUAACCAGCCCCUGAAACACUGAAGAAGAAGAAGAGGCUGUGGUCCAUGGCCUAACCAGCCCCUGAAACACUGAAGAAGAAGAAGAGGCUGUGGUCCAUGGCCUAACCAGCCCCUGAAACACUGAAGAAGAAGAAGAGGCUGUGGUCCAUGGCCUAACUGGCCCCCUGAAACACUGAAGAAGAAGAAGAGGCUGUGGUCCAUGGCCUAACCAGCCCCUGAAACACUGAAGAAGAAGAAGAGGCUGUGGUCCAUGGCCUAACCAGCCCCUGAAACACUGAAGAAGAAGAAGAGGCUGUGGUCCAUGGCCUAACUGGCCCCCUGAAACACUGAAGAAGAAGAAGAGGCUGUGGUCCAUGGCCUAACCAGCCCCCGAAACACUGAAGAAGAAGAAUCCUUGUCCCCAAACUGCCUGCUGCCGUCACUGGUACUACGAUUGUGACUACUACUACACUUCCUGUUCACCGCACUGACGACCAAGUCCAGCACAGCAACAACGGCUUCCUUCAGGUGUGGAGAAAAGAGAACGAGGACAACACAACACACUGAGCCGCCGCACAGGUCGGGGCCGCCUCACCUGCGGGGCUGGACAGCAGCAUGAGUGGCCAGGACAAGCAGGAGCAGACUGCUGCAGGCAGCAGGAGGGUCAGUGGUCAUCAGGCGAAGCAACUUGCUGCUGGCAACUCCAGCAACAAAGGAGAGAGGAAGUUUGUGUGUCUGGAGUGUGGAAAAGGAUUCACCUCAAGGCAAGGCCUCAGAUAUCACACCCUUACACACACUGGUGUAAAGAACUAUGAAUGUAAGGAAUGUGGGAAAAAAUUCAGCCGGAAGAGUACCCUUAAGACACACACCCUUACACACACUGGUGUAAAGAACUAUGAAUGUAAGGAAUGUGGGAAACAAUUCAAUCAGAAGAGUAACCUUGAUGCACACACCCUUACACACACUGGUGUAAAGAACUAUGAAUGUAAGGAAUGUGGGAAACAAUUCAGCUGGAAGAGUAACCUUAAUAAACACACCCUUACACACACUGGUGUAAAGAGCUAUGAAUGUAAGGAAUGUGGGAAACAAUUCAGCCUGAAGAGUAACCUUAAUAAACACACCCUUACACACACUGGUGUAAAGAACUAUGAAUGUAAGGAAUGUGGGAAAAAAUUCAUUCAGAAGGGUUACCUUGAUAAACACACCCUUACACACACUGGUGUUAAAAGUCAUGAGUGUGAAGAGUGCGGGAAGAGAUUCAGUUUCAAGUGGACUCUUAACGAACACGUCUUCAGGCACUAUGACAUUAGGGAGUUCAAGUGUGAUGUUUGUGGAAAGCUCUUUAAGACAAAGAGUGACAUUGCCAGUCACAUGAAGACCCACUUCUGAACUGUGUCUGUCUACAUUAAUUAUAUAGACCAGGUUGUUAGCAGCAGCUGAGCCUGACAGGGAGAGGUCAAAGUGAUCAUGUAAGAUAAAGAAGAAAGAAGGUUUGCCUGUGAAGUGAUGGGAGGAGAGGAGCCACACGAAGAAGUGGAAGGGGAAAUACUAAUGGCUGACUUUCCACAGCUGUGGCAGCUGCACUGGGCCUGGAGCCCAAUUGAGGCUCACAACUACAUGAACUACUUGAUCCUCUGCAAGGUGGGUCAAGGGAAUGUCACAUAACACUACAGCAGCUGGAAUAUGUACUUAUAAACACUUGAGGCUCACACCUACAUGAUCUACUUGCUCCUCUGCAAGGUGGGUCAAGGGAAUGUCACAUAACACUACAGCAGCUGGAAUAUGUACUUAUAAACACUUGAGGCUCACACCUACAUGAUCUACUUGCUCCUCUGCAAGGUGAGUCAAGGGAAUGUCACAUAACACUACAACAGCUGGAAUAUGUAUUUAUAAACACUUGCUGCAGCAAAAGAUUCAAUACCUUACAGUGGUGUGCCUCACCCAAGAGCACCACAGAGGCAAGUGCUUCCAGCACCUCUCCGGCCAUUGUACUGCCCUGCCUCAGAAGUGUCCUAGACGAGCCUCAAAACGUGUCUUGUGUUUUGGAAGGUUGGCCAGUGUGGAGGGGCUGCAGUGGUCUGGCGGUCAGGGGCCCAGGUUGCUGAUCGGAGGGGCGACAGUUUGCGCCUCUCCCUGGCAGCUGUUGGUGGGAUGGGCACGCACUGGCAUGCACUGGGCUGCUUGACAAUGGUGCUCUGUCCCCCUCCCUUGGGCUGUGUCCCCAAUAAGUGGUGAAAAAGUUGAAUGAAUGAUUGAACAGCUCUGAAUGCCUGCAACCAUCAAGGACGACUGGAAUUGGCCAGGAAAGUUGUUUUUUAAUGAAAAUUGAAAAAAAGAAACAUUAUAGAAAAAGAUGAAUAUUAAAGGGAAGGAACAUCAACAUGCCAGAAGUGUCACUGCCAAGGCAAUACUUGGAUCCCACAGCAACAGUCUCACCUCAGCUCUCCCUGACCUUGUUGUUGGCAGGGUGUGCUGGCCUGUGCCUCCCUCCCCCCCUGCUGCCUCCAUGCUGAGAAAGGACCGAGAGAGAAGCAGACGGCCCGUGAAGUGAUACAAGGCGACAGAUGUGGCAACAAGAGGAAGGUUGUUGCUGCUGCACACUGUCGGAGGCAGGGUGUGCUGGCCUGUGCCUCCCUCCCCCCUGCUGCCACCAUGCUGACAGACAGAAGCAGACGGCCCAUGAAGUGAUACAAGGCGACAGAGGUGGCAACAAGAGGAAGGUUGUCGCUGCUGCACACUGUCGGAGGCAGGGUAGGCUGGCCUGUGCCUCCCUCGCCCCCUGUUCCCGCCGGGACUGACUUGGAGUGGCCGUGGCAGUACAGUUUCUUGACGUUCUUCACAAAGGGUUCUUCAGGCGCGAGAGGCUGGAGGAGAUGAAGGCACACCGGGCGAUGCUGCAGCGUGCCCCCACCGGCGUCAGUAACCCAGCAGCCAUCGGGGAGCAGAGCCACAGCCGCCAGCCGCCAGCCGCCGGUGUACGUACUGUCUGUGUUGGGAUGGCCUGGUUAUCGUAGACAGAGCGCCACGCCAAAGAUUCCCAAGUGUUGUUGUGACGUGUAAGUCUGUAUGGAGUUGGUGCAGUGUAGAUGUGAUGGAUGUGGUGGGAAAAUGGGGGAUACCUGGGAAAAAUGAAAAUGGAGACUGCCUUGUGGAUGUCUGUGCUGAGAGGGGAAUGUUCCUAGCGAACACCUUCUUUCAGCACAAGAAUAUCCACCGAUACACAUGGAGGAGGGGAGAAGAAAACGAGCAAAAAGGAUUGAUUGAUUAUGUGGCAGUAGAUGAAAGGCUUAGAAAAGAAAUUUGUGACGCGAAGGUAGUAAUAGGAAUGUUCGAUGGAUCUGACCAUCUUGCAGUGCUGGCAAAGUUAAAGCUGAAAGAAAAGUGGGUGUUUGAAAAGAAAGGUGAAGUAAAAAAGGAAAUACUGAAGAUAGAAAAGUUACAGGAAAAAGAAAUAAAAGAUGAGUAUAACCGUGAAAUGGCAGAGGCCUUAAGUGAAAAAUGGGGAAGUGUAAAAGAUAAUACAAAUAUUGAAAAAGUUUUUGGAACAUUUAAAGAAAUAAUAGUAACUACAACAACAAAAGUGUUAGGGAUGAAAGUGGUGAGAGAUGGAAAAAGAAAAGGAAAUUCAUGGUGGAUAGAAGAGAUAAGGAGGAUAGUAAAAGAGAAAAGGGAACUUUUUAAGAACACUCAAGAAAGAAAUGUGGCUGAACAAGUAAAAAGGGAAAGGAAAAAGAAAUAUAGAGAAUGCAAAAUGAAAUUAAAACAAGCAAUAAAAGAAAGUAAGAAGAGAGUUGAUGAAGACUUUGGAAAAAGACUAAGUGAAAAAUAUAAAGGGAACAGGAAAUCAUAUUGGAAAGAGGUAAAAAAUGAAAGAAAUGCAGAAAAUAUCUCCUCAAGUAAAAUAAAUGAAGUUAUGGAUGAGAAUGGAAAGAUGUUGAAAGACGGGGAAGCUGUGAAGGAGAGAUGGAGAGAAUGUUUAAAAAACUUAAUGAAUUUUGAGGAUGGACGUCCAGCAGUUUUGAGUAGAGGUUGAGGAGGAGUAUAUAAAGAAAGAAGUAUAACAAAUAAAGAAGUAAAUCAGGCAAUAAAAAGAUUAAAAAAUGGAAAGGCAGCAGGAAUUGAUGGAAUCACAGGAGAAAUGUUGAAGUGUUGAGGAGAUGUAGUUGUUAAAUGGAUGGUCAAGAUAUGUGAAGUAGCAUGGGGGGGGGGGGGGGUGCCAACAGACUGGACAAAAGCCAUCAUUGUCCCAGUUUACAAGGGGAAGGGCAGGAGAGGGGAAUGUGGGAGCUAUAGAGGUAUAAGUCUCCUGAGUAUACCCGGAAAGGUAUAUGGAAAAGUCAUAAUAGAGAGGGUGCAAAGACUUACAGAAGAGAAAAUCAGUGAAGAACAAGGAGGCUUCAGGAAGGGAAGGGGAUGUGUGGAUCAGAUAUUUGCCUUCAGGAUGGUAGUAGAAAAAAUAUUAGCAAAAGGAAAGAAACUAUAUGCUGCCUUCAUGAAUUUGGAAAAAGCUUAUGACAGAGUCGAUUGGAUUGCAUUGUGGGAUGUUUUAAAGAUUUAUGGUAUGGGAGGAAAACUGCUUAGUGCAAUAAAGUCUUUCUAUGAGGAUG